GCCUCCCCGCCCGAUUUGUGGGGCCGGCCCUCGGCCCUCAACCUCCUUUUCCCCACAUGCCUGGGAAGCUGGGGCCAACAUGGAUCUUCCUCUCGGCAUCAGCUGAGCCUGAAGACUCAUCCCUGGGAGGCCAUGGAGAGGGACGGCCGCAGGAAUGUUUCCCCAGCGAGGACGUCCCCAGCCCGGGCCUCCCCGUCCAGGUCGUCGUCCGCUGGGUCAUCGUCAGCCAGGACGGCCUCCACGACAUCCUCUCCAACAAGAGUGUAUCUUGUUAGAGCAACACCGGUGGGGGCUGUCCCCAUCCGGGCAUCUCCUGCCAGGCCAGCGCCAGCCACCAGGGCCAGCGGAGAGAGCCCAGGUCUCAGCUUGCCCAAGUUCUGGCAGGAGGGCCAGAAGCAGCUGCCGCUCAUCGGGUGCAUCCUCCUCCUCAUCGCCCUCGUGGUCGCGCUCAUCCUUCUCUAUGGGGGACGAGAGCCCCAGAGUCCGAGAGGGAUUGCAGUCUACUUCUGGCGAGGCCACACAGGGAUCAAGUACAAGGAGCCCGUGGAGAGCUGCCCCAAGCACGCUGUUCGCUGCGAUGGGGUGGUGGACUGCAAGCUGAAGAGUGAUGAGCUGGGCUGUGUGAGGUUUGACUGGGACAAGUCUCUGCUAAAAGUCUACUCUGAGUCCUCCCAUGAGUGGCUUCCCAUCUGUAGCAGCAGCUGGAAUGACUCAGACUCAGAGAAGACCUGUCAGCAGCUGGGGUUUGAAAGUGCUUACCGGACAACCGAGGUGGCCCACAGGGAUUUUGCCAGCAGUUUCUCAAUCUCUGAGUACAACAACACCAUCCAGGAAAGCCUCCGCAGGUCUGAAUGCCCUUCCCAGCGGUACGUCUCUCUCCAGUGUUCCCACUGUGGUCUGAGAGCCGUAACUGGGAGGAUCGUGGGAGGCACGCUGGCCUCAGAGAACAAGUGGCCUUGGCAAGUCAGUCUGCAAUAUGGCACUACCCACAUCUGCGGAGGCACGCUCAUUGACGCCCAGUGGGUGCUCACCGCCGCCCACUGCUUCUUUGUGACCCGGGAGAAGAUCCUGGAGGGCUGGAAGGUGUAUGCAGGGACUCACAACCUGCACCAGCUGCCUGAGGCAGCCUCCAUCUCCCAGAUUAUCAUCAAUGGCAACUACACCGAUGAGCAGGAUGACUAUGACAUUGCACUCAUGCGGCUCUCCAAGCCCCUGACCCUGUCCACUCACAUCCACCCUGCCUGCCUCCCCAUGCAUGGACAGACCUUCGGCCUCAAUGAGACCUGCUGGAUCACGGGCUUUGGCAAGACCAAAGAGACAGAUGAGAAGACAUCGCCCUUCCUCAGGGAGGUGCAAGUGAACCUGAUUGACUUCAAGAAGUGCAAUGACUACUCAGUGUACGACAGAUACCUUACCCCAAGGAUGAUGUGUGCUGGGGACCUUCGUGGAGGCAGAGACUCUUGCCAGGGAGACAGCGGGGGGCCUCUUGUCUGCGAGCAGAACAACCGCUGGUAUCUGACAGGUGUCACCAGCUGGGGCACAGGCUGUGGCCAGAGAAACAAACCUGGUGUGUACACCAAAGUGACAGAAGUCCUUCCCUGGAUUUACAGCAAGAUGGAGAGUGAGGUGCACUUCCGGAAAUCCUAACCAGGCCCACCUGACAGCAUGAGCUGCUGCGAAGACUGGCCAAGGCACUGUGCUAUUUGCAGUAUCUGGGCUAAUGGUCACUAGGCACCUUCGUUAAUCCCACCUCCACUGUCUGCUCUGUGUGUGUGUGUGUGUGUGUGUGUGUGUGUGUGUUGCUAUUCUUCCAAGUUCUUCAGAAACCAGGAGAGCUGUCAACCUUCUUGGCCUCUCAGGUUGGAAAUCUUCUGGAGAUAUAAAUUUGGGCUCCGUGGAUGGUCCUACCAGGAGUCCUUAAAUGGAUGAAAGAGGUGUGGCCAACACAGAGCUAGGGAAGGGCCUGGAAAGUGACAUCGGGAAUUCUUGCUUCUCUGACCCUGAAAAGGAAACUAGCCCAGAGUAGGCAGAUACCCAGUAUCCCAGGUGACACCAUUGCUAUCCCAGGAUAGAUAAUGCAUUUUGUCGGAAUGCCAGCUUCUCAGUGCCUGGAUCAUCCUUAGCAGAAAGCCAGUCCCAUUGGCACUAUAAGCAUGGCACUUUUGCUCAGACCUCCUGCAAUGUGGAAAGCCAGAGUUGAACUGCACUGUCCAGGCUGAUGACUGUGACUCCGGCUCAUUGUAUUUGUUUGGUCACAGGCUAUUGGGGCAGAUUUUAUUUUAUUUUUAUAUUUAAGAAAUAGGAAUAGAUAUAUUUUUAAAGAUUCUCCAAAAGUUCCUGGAGUGUUGAGGGUUAGCAUUAAUUAUGCCAAUAACUCCAGGGGACUCAUGGGAGUUAAAUGUUCUGACUUCAAGGAACUGGGUGAAGGGCCUUGAUGGACAUAUCCAAGUCUGCAGCAACUACAGCCCCUUUGAGAUACUCAGGGAAGCAAAUCCUCAUUUGGGCUAGCAGGAAACUCCAACACGAAGAGAACCACAAACUGUUCCUGCCUCUGGGUCUACAGUCAAGGCAUGAAGAAAUGAAGACAUGAGUAUGGCUCCCAUUCAGCCACGGAGCCCCAGGGAAGUCCUCGUCGACACAUCCCUCACGCCCAGGACUAUCCUGGGACUAUGGGGGUUUCUUCUUAGCUUUCUCCAUCUUUCAGUUUCUUAGUUGUUCCAGAAACAUAGGACUAACUUGAAAAUGGCCAUGAAGAGAAAGGGAACAUGGUCCCCAGGCCCUCCAAACAGCAUCUCUGGGGGAUCUGAGCUGGCCCUGCUCCUGCAGGCCCUCAGUGCAGCCAGCCUCCUUGCCAACUGAAGUCCUGGACCUUCCCAGGCUUUUCUCUGGGGUACCUCCCCAACCCCACUCAUGGCCUUCUGGGGCCAUGUGAGGCCCCUGUGGUGCUGUGAUCUUCAGAGGCAGGUCCAAGCAGAUCAGCCCAGCCCAGUCCAGGUCGGCAGCCACUCAGGGAAAAGACUACCCUGGAAGAGCAGGCUGGAGGGGGCCAGAAUCUGAUGAGGCUGGGUACAUUGGAGGCUAUUAUCAAGGCUGGGGUGGAUGGCAGCCCCCAGCAAUCGUCUUCAGCAAUAAAAGUUGUGUGA